UAGGAAGAAGAAAGCAGUGUGGAACGAGCUUGAUGAUUCCGCUGACCGUUUACAUAGUUUGGUUGGUGUCUUUCAAAAUGGCGGAGAAAACGAGCGUGGACAGCAGCGCGGGAAAGGUAACUCAAUUGCCAAUCGCAAGAGUCAAAACAAUCAUGAAAAGUUCCCCGGAACAGCCACAUUUCAGUCAAGAUUCAGUUUUCCUAAUAACAAAAGCCACGGAAUUAUUUAUUGACUAUCUUACCAUCACUGCUUAUAAACAAGAGAGUGAUUCAAAGCAACUGACCUACAAGGGACUCUCUAAAGUAGUGGAAGAUGAAGAAAAACUUCAAUUUCUUGGAGUGUUAUCUGCAAUUUUCAAGGGAAUAAGUGCUUGCAUGGUAUAUCCUAAUAAAAGAUAUUGUCCCUCCUAAAGUGCUUGUCAAAGACUUUUUGGAAAGUUUGAAGAAAAAGUCCAGAAUGUCUCCCUUUGAUGUAGACAGCUCAAGCUCAGAGUCAGAAUAACUGGAGUUAAAGUUUAGAAAGAAGUUGACUGUUCACAAAUUUACAGUUGUCAAAACAAUUAUCUGAUGCUGCAAGCUUGUGCACUUCCUCUCAUUUUACAUAGUUUGGCUGAACAUUGAAUCACAAAAACUUCUCUGAAAACAGUGACCCCCUGUCAUCUUACUUGAGCAGAUGAUGAGCACUCAACUACCCAAGAUGCAAUAAGGUUUAGUUUGCAUCUGAAUGGUUGAGCAGGUGUCGUAAGACAGUAACAGCACGGUGGCCAAGACAGUAACAGCACGGUGGCCAAGACCGCAACCACUCAGUUGAUUAAACCAAAUUACCUUGUUAUACUCCUCAACCGACAAAUCACCACAUUUUCUUUAGAAUCUUACCCCCUUCAUUCUUAAGACUGUUUUACAAUCUUCGUUUUCCGAAAUGAAUAGAUCGAGCGCCCGGGGCAUUUAUUUACUUUUGGUGCCUCAAGGGAAGGCACU